AGAGCGUCGCUGACAUUCUGUGUUGUGAGUUCGAAGAAGUAAUGUGUGGCGUGGUGUACGCUAUUCUCGAUCGGCGUUGAUAUUUUACGUUUUCGGUUCUACGCGGUCUUCCUAGUUUAUUGUAUCUUGCAUGACGUUAGAUUUGUCUUUGUCAGGAGGGCGUGCAAUUUUCACGAUCUCCGUACGGUUAUCUGCGUGACGAUGCCAAAGAGAAAGAAUCAAGCUCUCAUAGAUUCUGACAGUAGUGGCAGUGCGUCGGAAAGUGGCUCGGAUUUAGAAAAUGACUUGUUGUCACUUGCUAAAAAGAAGAAAGGCAAAAGUCAAGAUGACUCUCAAUCGAAUGAAGAUACAGGAACUACGAAGAAGGAUAACAAACAUGAUUCAGACACAUCGGAUUCUGAUGAUGACUGGGGUGCAAAGGCUGGUAAAAAUAAGAAAAAGAAAGUGCCAACUAAGAGAAAUAAACGAAAGAUGACAAAAUCUAGUAGCGAAGAAAGUGCUGGUGAGAAAGAGCCUGAGAAAGUUUCUGAACCAGAAGAAGGCGAGGUCUCAGACUCGGACGCCAGUGUGUCUGAUUCCAGCCAGGAAGAAUUCAAUGAUGGCUAUGAUGACAAAUUGAUGGGAGAUGCUGAAGACCAAGCACGACUUGCUCAAAUGACAGAGAAAGAACGUGAACAGGAAAUCUUUAAACGCAUAGAGCAACGAGAAAUAAUGAAAACAAGAUUUGAAAUUGAAAAGAAGCUGAGAAUGGCCAAGAAGCAAGAAUUAAAAAAACAAAAAGAAUCGAGGAAGAAGGAAAAGAGUGCAGAAGAGAAAAAAGUAGAUAGAGCUCCAGAUCCUAAAGAAAGAAGUAAAGAUCGUAAGAAGACAAUAGAAGAGAAGCAAGACAAAAAGUUCCAUGCAAUGUCUCUCUUGAAAGCAAGAAGAGAAGAGAAAAAAGAAAGAGAGGAAAAAGAGAAACAAAGGAUAGAGCAACAGCAACAACAAUCAAAGGACAUUGAAGAAGAAGAAUUAGAAGACGAUCACAAAGGUGGAAACAAAACAAAGCUCAAGGCAUCUGACAUUUAUUCAGAUGACAGUGGCUCAUCGGAUAGCGGUGAAGAUGAAGAAGCUCCUAAACCAUCAUCUCACCGUAGAUCGUCUUCGAGCGAUAGUAGAGACUCUGAUUCCGAUAACGAUAAGAAAUCUGUCACUAGUAAUAAGGCCAAACCGAAGAAACCAAUAUACGUUAGUACAAAGGAAGAUCUCAACAAAAUUAGAUUAUCACGUCACAAAAUGGAGAGAUUUGUACACUUACCCUUCUUCGAUAGAGUAGUACAAGGUUGCUUUGUUAGAAUUGGUAUUGGCAAUAAUAACGGGAAACCCGUCUACAGAGUAGCCGAAAUUAGCGGAGUCUGUGAAACAGGAAAGAUCUAUCAACUCGGUGGUACUAGAACAAAUAAAGGCUUAAAAUUGAGACAUGGAGCUCAGGAACGCGUCUUUAGAUUAGAAUUCGUGUCAAAUCAAGAAUUUACAGAGUCUGAAUUCUUCAAGUGGAAGGAAACCUGUGCUUUGCAAGGAAUAUCCAUGCCCACAUUCGAAGAAGUCGAUCAAAAAUUGAAAGAUAUUAAGGAAGCUUUAGUUUAUGAGUUCAAAGAAGAAGAUAUAGAGAAAAUAGUACGAGAAAAGGAAAGAUUUAAACAAAAUCCAUAUAAUUACGCGAUGAAGAAAGCACAACUUAUGCGGGAAAGAGACGCAGCUAAUUGCAGAGGAGACGAUGAGACCGCUAGUCGAUUGAAUCAAGAAUUAAGCGAGCUUGAAGAACGUGCCUCAGAACUUGAUAAAAUGCGCACUGCUACAAUAUCUAGUAUAUCUUAUAUUAACGAUCGCAAUCGGAAGAAGAAUGUAGAAGAAGCGGAAAAAGCUAUUAUGGAAGAAAUUAAAGCUAAUAAAGGUAAAAAGGUAGAUGAUCCAUUUACUAGACGUAGCACAAAGCCAAGGAUGGUUUACAAACCUGAAGAUGACGACGUAGCAAUGACAGCUCCAGUAACUGACAAAACAGCUCCUCAACAAGCUGACACUGUGUCGGCAACUAACGAAAAAGAAAAUGGACAGGAGACGAAGAAAAAACAAAGUACUGAAGACCUAUUCAAUGCCCACGAUUUCGAUAUCACAAUAGAUUUGGAAGUACCAAUCCCAAAUAAUCCUGUUAGUGUAUUGCCGAAGCCUAUUAGCAAUAUUAAAGACACAGGACCUCGGCGAUCAUUAAAUUUAGAAGAUUAUAAGAAAAAACGAGGACUUAUCUAACGUUCUAUUAGGUCUAGAAGUCAAAAAGAUAUUUCAAGGAUAAGUUCUAAACGUAAUCAUGUAGUUAUGAAACUAUACACAUUGGUUCUUGGAUAUCCUGAUUAAUUGUAAAACCAAGGACGAAAUCCUAUGUCAGUUGACUGAGAAACUAUUUUACGUAUAGUUCUCGUAUGACAUUACUGUUUUGUUAUAUUGACUUCUUCUUUUCAAAAGGAUAUAGGUGGUUCCUACCAUAUAGUUAUUAUACUCGCGUGAUCAUAGUUGCUGCAUUCUGUAUGAGAGAAUGCAAUUUCAUUAUUCGUAAAGGUAUGUUUUACAUCUUAAAGAACGCUGUUAUAAGAGUACUUAAAAAAAGUAUUAUGAUUUGAUUUAUUUAAGAACUUUGUUAUUGCAUUUGUUCCCCUCUAUCGGUAAUGCGACUUUUUUAUCUUUCACUGAAAAUAUAAAUAUUUUCCAUCCUACCGAAAGAAGAGUAAAAACAUUAGAACGUAGAACUAUUUAUAUCUCGAUAAAGAGUAAUGGCGAACAAACAGUUCGAAUAACGAAAAUCAAUAUGGCUUAUAGAUACACUAAUCAUAAUUUACAUAUAUUAUUACAUGAUCUUUUUUGUGUUCUGUACGGUAAAAUAAAUAUUAGUAUGCGACCACCUUACAAAAAGUAAGAUAAACAUUUUAAAUCAGCAGAGCUAUUAAUUAUGUAUACAAUAAUUCGUUACUCGAUAUCAGAACAUUACAAAAAUAUAUUAACCAUAUUUUUUUA